UCGGGCAGUGACGUCACCGCGCGCUGCGUCCCGUUCGCAGCACUUCCCGGCCAAGAUGGCGGCCUCCGUCUUGAGGUUAGCAAGCCGGCGCUGCUUCUACCUACGCCUCAGCCCGGGGUCCUUCAUGCCACAUGUGGUCCCCAUGGGGACGACGGCGAAGGAAGAAAUGGCUAAGUUUUGGGAGAAGAACACCAAAUCUCAGCGGCCCUUGUCCCCACAUAUCAGCAUUUACGAGUGGACCCUGCCGAUGUCAAUGUCCAUCAUUCACCGCGGGACCGGUGUGGGAAUGAGUUUAGGUGUGUCCCUCUUCGCCUUGAGUGCCCUGGCUCUUCCCGGACAGUUUUCCGACUACCUGGACCUGAUCAAGUCACUCAGCCUGGCGCCCGCUCUGAUCUAUUCAGCCAAGUUCGCUUUGUCCCUACCUGUCACCUACCACACCUGGAACGGGAUUCGGCAUCUGGCCUGGGACCUGGGCAUAGGUUUCAAGAUACCCCAGUUGUACCAAUCUGGAGCUCUAGUCCUCGUCCUGACGGUUCUGUCUUCCCUUGGGAUCGCAGCCAUGUGAAGAGAAUCAAAGGCACGCCUCCUGCUCACUCCCCAACUUUCUAACUUUUGCGCCCUUCUGCACCCACAAAGUUGGCUCCGUCGGGACUUCCACCCCACUUGUUCAUUAGGAAAAGAACAGCUGAGGUGCAGAAGGGCUGAAAUCGGCAAAAUUCACAUUAUUCAUCAGAAAGGAUACAGUUCUCCUUGGAUCCUUGUAGGGAUUUCUCUCCUUUUAUUAUUUUUUUUUUCCACUUGUGAGAGGCCACAAUUUUGCCCCGGGGACUCUUGGCGUCCCUUCCCCAGCUGAGGCUUAAAAUCCCACCACUUUGAAACGUGGCCGGGCUUUAAAAAACCGACGUUCUCCCACGGGGCGAAAGGCAGCCCCUUCGCUCUCCGGAACAAUCCUUUCCUUUGAAAGAACCACAGGGCAGCGUGCACACGGGCGUGGGUGCAACACAUUUCAGAAAACACAACACCGUCCAUUGACAGCAAGCCGGCGUUAAGAGUCACACAGCCAAAGUGGACACCUCCAGUCUGGCUGAUCUUUUCCAAGUGGGCCUGUGGAUCCCAAUGGGGAGGGGGGAAAUGGAGGCAGGCCCAAAGCUUGCAAAAUCUUCUCUCUCCCGUUUGCAGGAGGGGGGAAAGAAACAGUCCAACCUUUGCAUUAAACUUUUGGGGAAGCCAAAUUUUCUGGCCUGGUGGGAUUAAUUGCCCAAUUAAUUGCUCCUGGUUCGCCGGCUGUUCGCCUGCUUGUGAGCCAAGGAAAGAUUUUGAGCUUUUCCUCUCCCCACCCCUUUUCCAAAAAAAUAAAACCCACCUGUCCCAUCUUCUGUAAAUAUAUAGUCUUAUUUUAGUUUUCCAUUCGUGAAAGUUUCCCCUCUUGGUUUGCCCCAAUGAGGAUUAUCCGGUUAAUAAUAAAAACAUUGAAAAAUAAA